CUCCCCUCUGUCGUCGCUGAUAUUUCCAGUAGACUUAUCUUCAGUCCCAAUCUCCCCAUUUUUGUUAGCCCUAUGUUGGCACCUCCCAUUUUGACUUUAUUUUCACCGCUUUGUUAUCACCUCGCACUUUUUCGGUCUAUCGCAAAAUUGUGUCUCCCCUAUAAGUGCGCCAUAUUCAUUUGUGUGUAAGUGCAUGUGCUGACUUGACGGACCCUCUUCAAAACAAACUGUGCAUUUCUCUCUCACCCCCGGUUGAUGUCAAAAUGAAGAGAAUACUCCCCGUGUGUGUGCUUGCCAUUUCGUGCCUCCUGUCAAACGUAAAAUGUUUCACGACCAACGUCUACAACGGAAGUGGCCUUCAUAACUGUUCCAGCCUCUUCUGUUCUUACGACAAAUUAUCAAAUAUUUACGACAAUUCUAAGUUUAUCCUGGCGGAGCUGGAAAGCAUUCUUUACGAUGUGCGCGAUGAGAAGAAUGCGCAUCAGUCGGAACACGAGCGUGACAAAUCGCUGGACCUCGAAAUAAAAUUUCCUAAUUCUAAGGAUCACGAGGAUUUGUCGUAUUUAUCUCCCGACGAGGAGUACGAGAAUGAAAGCAGCUUUGGUGAGCCCGUUCCGUACAUCAUCAUUAGCAGGAUGGACGAUGACGACUUCGAAAAGUCUAUACUAAGUAAAACCCCGGAGAGGCUAGACGACUCGGAAAAUAGCGAACUGACGAACGAAGAACAGAUGGACAUGGCCUUCUCUAAAAUACGUGACCUUGAAGAACAGCAGAAGCGCUUUUCGGAGGAGAAGAGGAAAUUCAAUUUGAAGAAGUACCUACGAUGAAGUCAGCACGUGGUGCACGCAAAAUGAGGAAGCUAAAAAGGAAGGAGCCCCCGAGGUGAUGCAUAACUCAGCCAUACUCUGCACAU